GAGUUGACAUUGACAAUUCGCGAUACAAAUUUCGAAAAAAGGCUUUCUAGUUUUUAAAAAUAAUUUUAUCAAUUAGUAUAUUUAUUAGCUGUUUAUAAGCUUAUCCAAAACUUGAAUAAUGGCUUUCUCUAUGUUCCUUCGAAACUCAGUAUGCACAAAUCUGCUUAGACAGCAGCUAGCACAAAUAGCAUCACAGCCUACACUGACACAUCGUUCAGUUACCAGUGCUAUAUCCAUUAGGAGUGUAACACUGAAUGACAGCAAAACACCUAUUCUUAAUUCUGUGCGUUCAUUCCGCACGACCCAAGUGCGCCUCUCGGAUGAGAAGCCUCAUGAUCAUUCCAAACUAUGGGUGAUUGAGAAGGCAACAUCGGCAGCUCUAGUUCCACUGGUUCCACUGGGGCUACUCAUCCCCAACAAGAUCAUCGACUCGGUAUUAGCCAUCCUCAUCACGGCCCACAGCUUUUGGGGCCUGGAGGCGAUCGCUGUUGAUUACGUGCGAGCAACAAUAUUCGGUCCUCUCAUACCUAAAAUCGCCAUCGGGCUAGUGUAUCUGCUGUCCAUCGCGACCCUUGGUGGUCUGUUCUACCUGAUCAGCCACGAUGUAGGCCUGGCCAACUCUGUCAAACAAAUCUGGUCCAUAAAGGCAGAGCAGAAGUCGUAAGGCUACCGAACUAAUCGGGAUAUUGACGCAUCUGGACAUCUGUACAUUCGAUGUAGUAUAACUGUAAAUAGGGAUUUCGACCUUAUCUAUUAAGUAUAUAAAGUUUUAUAUAGCUUGAAAUUUUUUUUCUAAUCGUUUUAAAAUGAUGUGUCUUUUCUGUGACAAGCUGAAGAUAAUGUCUUUGUGAUUUGUUACAUUAGUUUUAUAGACCUAAAUUAUUGUAAGCAUUACUCGAGUACAUUUUUGUAUAUCAAUUGAAAUUGCCUGUGGACAGUAUUGAAAUUUAAUUUAUGAUAUUAUCAUUGAUAAGUAUUUUAUUAAAACCUAGACAAUAUUUCAUCAUAAUAAUUAAUGUACAACUUGUGUUGCAUAAUCGAAUUUGAUAUUAUUAAACGGCAUCGAAAUGUAGGUCUGUUUGCUUACGAAGGCAGGUUGUGCACGGAGUAAGUAAGUACCUAAUAAUCUUGUUUGGUGUAUUAAGUUGCAAAAGCUUAACUUUUUUGGUCGAAUUCUUAACAGUUUAUAUGAUGGGAAAUCACGUUGAACGUUACACUAAUAUACUUUAAGUUCGCCAUUUAUGAAAUGCGCUAUUAUGGCUUCUAAUUUAAUUAUUUGUAAAGGUCCAACAAGAUCUUGUAGUCCUCUAAAUUACCAUUAGUUAUAGUUUGUAUAUAAUUAAUUUGCAUUAAUUUAUAUUUCCAAUGCGUCAAUGUCCAUAUAGCAUGUAACAAUGUUAUAAUGAACUCG